AUGGGCUUUUUUUCUGUUUGUCUAAAUCCCUAGUUUUCUUUUGGCGGGUGAGGAUAUAUCAACUCCAUAUAAUUAUGGAAUCCUCCUGGCCGGAAAACUCAUCGGCAGCCGCGGGGAAAGCCUUCGAAAAGCUGAUUGAAGGCCAUGAAUUGGCGAACCAGCUCCAAUCAAUCCUUGGCAGAAAGACCUUGCAGAGCGAUGGCGGAUCGUUGGCAGCAGCCAAGGGCCUGGCCGCGAAUAUUUUACGAUCUUUUGCGGCGACUAUUUCAAUAAUAUCGGAGGAGCAUACUGCUGCCGAUGAGGUUUCUGAAGUUCCGGCGAACUACUCGCUUUCGAAGUUCACCAUGCCCGAUGGUUGGGAGUCUGAGGAUCCCGGCGAGAGCCCCGCCAUGAGAGACAGGAGAGGCUGCUACAAAAGAAGAAAGGCUGGGGAAGCAUGGACAAAGAUCGCCCCAACUCCAAUCAUCGAUAAUUAUGCAUGGAGGAAGUAUGGACAGAAAAAGAUCAUCAAUACCAUUCACCCAAGGCACUACUAUAGGUGCACCCACAGGUCUGAAAAGGGUUGCCGAGCCACCAAACAAGUCCAGCAAAUUCAAAAUGGUCCCCCAAUGUUCAUAACCACCUACAAGGGCCGCCAUACUUGCCUGGAUACGAUACAGAAAUCUAUUGAUCUGAAAGAGGACACUUCAGUCCUAAUUAACUUUGGUUCGACUACUAGCACAAUUAUCGAACCCCCAGUCUCAGAGCCAUGCUUUCCAGCCAUCUCCUUCUUUACUCAAGAAGAAAACAAGGUAAACAAGUCGAGCUGGAAUUACCAGCAGAACCCAUCGCCAUCGUUGGAUUACAAUCUGCAGAUUUCAGAGCUCAAUAUAGGAGGAGGAAUUGUCACCACAGCAAUCGAAUCAUCCGAUCCCAACAAUGGGGAUCUGAUGAUCUCUUCUAGGGUGCACCCAUCAUUUAUCGAAAGAACUUGUAGUGAGGGAUUGGGUACGGAUGUGGCUUUGGAGGAUGUUGAGUUAUUUGAUAUAUUUGGACACGAGUUUUGGUGAUUUAAGAUGUCCUUCUCAUCGAUGUUCUUUGUUGUGUUGUUGGUCACUUUUGUUUUGUUUGUGUUAGAUUGUGGCUAUUAUUUUUUACUUUCCUUUUUGUUUUGGUGUGUAUUGUACUGCAAAAAUAACAUUGACAGAAGUAAUGUUUAAUAUUUACGUGCAGUACCAUGUUGAUCCAUGUUAAAAUUGAA